AGCUGCUUCAAAAAGUUAACAACUUGUGAAAUUUGAAUCGAGGUUGAAGGAAAUUAAAAAGUCCAUGUGACCCCUAAUUUCCAUAUUUUUUCAAAAUAUUGUUGACCAUGUUUUUCAAUAUAAAGAGUCUUUCACUCUUAGUAGUGCUUCUUAUUAAUUUUGAAAGAGUAACACCAGCUCUUAACGAUUACAUAAAAGAUUGGGGAAGGUACUUUGGUUAUGGUGAAUCCGAGAAAAUAGACGAUUUUAAUCAGAAUAUUCCUUAUGAAGUGGCCACAAUGGACGAAAAGUUCAUAUCAGAGGCAGCUAAAUUAACUGGUGUGGCUCUUUCAGAGCUAGAUUCAUGUCAACAAAGGGUGAUCCUUAAAUUGAAAACAGAUUGCCACAAAUUGAAUGAUGAACAACUCGCUAAACUUGCUGUUCAUCUAUUAAAUUGUCAAUCCUAUGUGGAAGGACGACCAACUUAUCCUUGCACAGAGGAGAUGAGUAUUAAAGAGUGUACAACGGUUAUGGAUUCCGAUACUUGGACAAUAUACCAUCUUAUGAGUAAUAGGGCAAGAGCAGUCUGCUAUAUGAUUAGACAGACACAAUUCAGAGGUCUUGCAGAAAGCACUGUAAAUCGUCUUAUGGAUGCUGCUAAGCACCAAAUUGACACCCUUGAUAAAAUUAUGUUGAAUCAGGAAAAUUUACAUAGUGUGGCUUCAGAGACAUUUGAUUCUUUGUCAAAAGGUCAUGAUAUAUUAUCCCAGCAACAAAAGGACUUGCACUCUGCUCAGUUUCAUGGACAACUUGCAAUUGAAGAAAAUAUUGCUAGGCUAGUAGAUGAAAAGAGAAUAAUUGCAGAAACUCACAAUAAAUUGAUUUCCCUCACUAAAGAUUUACAGGAGAAAAUAGGGGAUUCUAAGAAUCAACUUCAAAUUCAAAGUACUGAAAGUAAAUUGAAUCAUCAGGAAUUGAUACGAGACUUGAUAUUGCUUCAGGAACAAACUCAAGAAAUAUUCAGGAAAAUUGAGGAAUCAAGCCAAUUGCUUCUAACACAAUCUAAAGAAUUUAGAGACCAAUAUGACUACACACUGAAAAAUUUGAUAGAAGUGAAUAAAACAGUGCACAGUUUAGUUUCAUUAGUUGGUGGAACUAAAAAAGCACUUGAGGAGCGACUACAGUGGGUAUCAACAGCUUUAGGAGGAACCGAUUUGGCAAUUGAAAGAUUAUAUUUGAUACUAUGGCAUUUGGCUUUCUUUUUGUUUGGUAUGAUUGGAAGUGCCUUCCUAGAUGUGGACAUGGGUAUCAGACUUAUUGUUAUACUUUUACCCUCAUUCAAUUUGGCCAUUGGUAUUUAUGGGCAAAAUCAACAUCUUGAGCCACUCCAUCUGUUAGCAGUCAUUGGAGGCUUAGCUAUAUUACAAGGAUUUAUAUCCUGGAUAUUGAAUUAUAAGAAAACACCUAAAGCAAACCCCCAGAUGAUAAAAUAUGAUAUAACUCCUGAGAAGUCUAGUGGUAAUGUAGAAAAUAAUAUUAAGAAUAUUUAUUCUGAAAAGGGUUAUGUUUAUCCUGAUGUAACAUCUUCAGAAUAUUAUUCAUCAAAAAAUCUUCUGGAUGAACCUACAUCUGAUAACUUCAAUGAAUUUGGAUCACCCACGCCGCCCCUCUCUAGAAGUGGGUAUUAUAAAUCAAGAUCAAGGAGUAGAACGCCCAAUCUUCUUGGAGGAAAAGAAUCUUGUCAUGCGAAAACUAGAUUAGGAACACCUUGUAAAUUAUCAUGUUUACCUGGUAGAGAUUUCUGCUAUAGGCAUCAAGCAGGGGAUUCUAUUGCUGGAAGAUAGUACCUCCUAAUUAUUCAAUUUUUAGGAGAGAGUUUACUUUGUACAUACUUUACCUGCAGGACAAUUUUAAGUUCAUUCAAAUGUAUUUUAAGUAAAAAAAUUUUAAUUUCACAAAAUUUACUUUGACGGUUUUACAGGAUUUUUUUUCAAUUGAUUAUACGGUUUUCAACAUCCACUAUAUCACUGUUGCAUAAACAUUGAUGUAUUGAGUUUCAAUGUCAUAAUUACAAUUUUAUCCUAAAUGAAAAAAUUUCAUUUCAGAAUUGAAUAGUCUGAUGUUGAAGUUUUGUGACUUAUCGGAUAGCUGGAUAAAUGGUUGAAUAUUGGUAUUAAUGUUAUUUUAAUAUUAUUUAUUUAUUUUUUUAAUCAUGUAAAUAGCAAUUUUGCCUGAUUUUAUUUCUCGAAUUUUGAGUUAUGAGGCUGUAGUUUACUGAAUUAUAAUGGAUAAAUGGUUA